CACAAUCUUACAAACUUACUCUCCUUUCCUUAUUUAUUCCAUUCCUGCUGCCAACCAUAUAAGUCCCAACAAAAUGCGGUCUUCUUGUGGAUGUUUCUCAUGCCAUACUACAAAAAAAAGGAUGGCAGGUGAUGGAACUGUUGCAUAUUCCAAAUCAUUCCAUUGAGACAUCCAAGGAGGGUAUCAACGCCAUAGCCUUCUAUCUUGAGGACUUCCUGUUGUGCACAACAUCUACCGAUGGCGUACAAGAUGAAAGGUGUCUUCAAGGGCCUCAAGGUCAUCUCUCAGAUCUUCGUGGUCAAGGAGCAUCAGAUGGAGAUCGGUUAUCCGACUAACGUGAAGCAUGUCGCGCACAUCGGUUGGGACAGCCCAACUGGGAGUGCAGCUUCUCCUAUCUGGAUGAAUGACAUGAAGGGAUCACCGGACUUUUCAUCGCUGAGCAAUAACGGGCCGUCGGCAGGAACCUCCUGGGCUUCUCAAGAUUUUGAUGAGCCUCGAGAUAUAUCACCCUUUGGUAUAUUUCCAGAAAAUACUAGUCAAGAAGCAACACCGUACCCUGACAUACCAAAGCCACCCAGGAAAUCCAGAAGGAAGAAAUCCAAGCACGAUUCACCGAGGGUGUCCACAAGAUCGUCAAGGUCAUCAAGAUCAAGGUCCAAAAGCUCAGUUUCAUCUACGGCUGAAACUAUUGGUGUCGAUGGCAUGCAACAUGAAAUCCGGACUGUAUAGGCCAUUCUUAUGCUCCGUCAGUAAUCUCCAUAUUUCAACAUUGGCGAAGGUAAAGUAGGCCGUCAAGAGAUCUUCUGAGAGACCAAAACUUGUGCUUUGAUAUUCUGUUGUGAGGUUCAGCAAGACUAGUCCUCCUUGCCAAGUGAUUGACCAGUUGUAGAGAUUCUUUUAUUCUUUUAAGUUUAUAUUUGAGGCAAAUU